AUGUCUUUAGACAUGGCCUGUUUUGCAAGGUAUUCAGCGACUCCCUUCUUCAACAUUAACCAGACAAUUGACAUCCGAAAUAUCUUACAAGGGCAUUCAAGUAAUGUAACCAAAUUUGGUGGAGCAAUUGGUGGAGCUGGUCUAUUUAUUUUUCUUGUUUUGUGGUUAAUGCUUCAACUAUGGAAGAAGCCCAAGAAGACAAAAGAAGGUGAACCUGACCUUGACGAGGCAAUUAAAUACAAUUAUAAACAUCUACAAUCAGCAACAAAUAAUUUCAGCGAAGAGAAUCUUUUAGGGAGAGGAGGUUUUGGCAAAGUGUUCAAGGCAGAUCUUGAUGCUAAUAACAUUGUCGCAGUUAAGAAAAUUGAAGUAGGGUACACUAGUAAAGCAAAAGAAGAAUUCGAAAACGAAGUGAAACUCAUAGGUAACAUACACCAUCGAAAUCUUCUCCGCCUCCUAGGUUGGUCAAGUGAAGGGUCCAAUCUAGUUCUUGUCCUGGAAUACAUGUCAAAUGGCAGUCUUGAUGGAUUCUUAUGGGGUGCAAAAAAAGGGACUUUGAACUGGAAACAACGAUAUGGCAUAAUAUUUGGGAUAGCAAGGGGUCUUCAUCAUUUACACAAUGAAUCCCAUGUAAAAAUCAUUCAUAGAGACAUAAAGUCAAGCAACAUUCUCUUAGAUCAUGAUUUUCAACCAAAGAUAGCAGAUUUUGGGCUGGCAAGGUUUAUCCCCGAUGAUCAAAGUCAUCUUGUUAGUAGCCGGUUUGCAGGGACAUUGGGCUACACCGCACCAGAAUAUGCACGUCAUGGUAUUUUAUCAGACAAAGUUGAUACUUACAGCUUUGGAAUCGUGACUCUUGAAAUCAUCAGUGGAAGAAGGAGUACCGACAUGAACUUUGAUAGACCAUCCAUGGAUUAUCUCCUUGAACAUGCUUGGACUUUGUAUGAGAAUAAAGAGCAUAUUAAGCUCAUUGAUGAGACAUUGGAUGUGAGCCAUUACCAAAAAGAACAUAUGAUGCACAUAAUUGAGAUUGCUUUGGUCUGCACUCAAUCACCAAGUUCAGAACGACCGAACAUUUCAGAAGUUAUUCUGAUGCUGACAAAUAACCGAUCAGUGCUGAAUAGGCAACUAAGAAGACCUACUCUUGUUGAUUAUGACAGGAGGAUUCGUAUAGGCUCUUGAAAUAAGUAUAUGAAUGCCAAAGGAAUUAGAGGAAAAUGAGCAUAUGCUUUGUAUUUAACUAUAUGACAAAGUAGACAUCAUGGAUAAGAGGAGUAACGUUGCAACGGCUUGCUAAUUUUUCAUCAGAAGGUC